AUGAAUGUCCAGGAAUUCAACACGCAACUUCAUGAAUUCUGCCGAACCAUGAAUGAAUUGUCGACGACGCCUUGGAAUAUUAUUAAGGAUGAAAUUGGUGAGUAUGCCCGCCAGAUUUGCGGAAUUUCAACACCGGAAGGUGAAAUUUUGAACCGAGACGUUUAUAUUGUGUACAGCGAGACUUAUCGGGUUCCAGUACUUUGGUUCAACUUUUUUCGACAAGACGGGCGGCCGAUUCUUAUCGAUGAUCUCAAAAAGGUGCUGAAGAACCUUGAGAAUGAGCCGACGAGCUCGUUAUUGUCGAGAAUGUCGCAUGGAGAACACCCGCAUCUAGGCGUCUUGUAUUAUAACAUUCAUCCAUGCAACACAAAUAAUGUGAUGAAUCAGCUGAAAUCUGAUGAAAAUUUCAUUGCAAGAUGGAUGUCGAUUUAUGGUCCCGAUAUUGGUAUCAGCAUUCCAUUGGAGUAUUUCGCAUGUAUAUCAAGCAAAAAUCAGAAGAUUUAA